AUGGCUCAAUCCGUCCCACCAGGAGACAUCCAGACCCAACCAGGAACCAAGAUCGUCUUCAACGCCCCAUACGAUGACAAGCACACCUACCACAUCAAGGUGAUCAACUCGUCUGCUCGUCGUAUUGGAUACGGUAUCAAGACCACCAACAUGAAGAGACUCGGAGUCGACCCACCAUGUGGAGUCCUCGACCCAAAGGAGGCUGUUCUUCUCGCCGUCUCUUGCGACGCUUUCGCCUUUGGACAGGAGGACACCAACAACGACCGUAUCACUGUCGAAUGGACCAACACUCCAGAUGGAGCUGCCAAGCAAUUCCGUCGUGAAUGGUUCCAAGGAGACGGUAUGAUCGGCACCGAAAUGCUCUCUAACCUCGCCAGUCAACGUGAAACAAUCGGUCGUUCACGUGAUCGUCUCCGUCAAUCGAAUGCAGAUUUGGGCAGAGCCAACAAGACAUUGGGAUCAAUGAUCCGUCGUGCUAUUCAGAAUCGUCUUCUCCUUCUAAUCGUCACUUUUCUUCUCUCAUUCAUGUUUUUGUAUAUCGUUUAUAAGGCCAUCUAA